AUGGCGGCUCACCAGGGACUCUCAGACUCUGGGGGCAGGAAAACACGACUGCAGAAUGAGUUGGACUCUCAGCGCCGAGCCACAGAGUUUGCUCUCCGUAAGCGUAACCACCAUGAAGAGCAGGCCCGCAAUGAGCUGGAGUGGCAAAUCAAAAAUACUGAAGAUGAAAUUGCAGAAAUGGAGAGCGACAUCCAUGGUCUGGAUGCAGAUCUACAGGCGAAGACUGCCUCCCUGAAACUGGCUCACACCCGUCUGGAGAACAGGACCAACAGACCUGGCAUGGACCUCUGCAGAGACGAGGUGCAGUACGGCCUUGUUAAUGAACUCCAUCAGCUGGAGGCCACAAUAAUAGCUUUGAAGCAGAAGCUCUCAGAAGCCCAGCACUCUCUGCAGAAGAUGAAGCUCCAUCACUCCCGCAUGCUGCAGGAUCUCUCCAGGAAACAGGAAGCCCUGUCACUGGAACAACGAAGCAUGACGACCCGCACCCGCCUCACAUCCCCCUCCUGCUCUGAUAAGACCCCCGUGCUGCUGGUUCCUCUCACCAACUCCAGCGGUAGGAGCAACCUGCAGCUGUUGGCUUAGUCACAUGACAUAAUAUCCUAUUUGAAAGCACAGGGACAUAACACAUUACAUUUUCCAUGCAUCAUGUUUUUAACCCUGCAGAUAGUAUUCUGUGAGAAAUAGGGACAAUUGAAAUGAUCUUACAAUCCAAGCACUAGUUCAUUAUCCUUCAUUUAUCAUUAGCUGCUGAAGAACAAUACACUUUUCCUAAUCCCAUGUAUUUAUUUGAACAAAAACAGUUAAUAUACAAAAUAUUUAUUUUCCUGAUUUUGUGUAACUUGCUUUGAGUUUAAUUAUGUACUUUCUCUGUGUGUAAUUCAGUUUUCCAGAAAAAACUGUGGAUGACACGCUUUUUUCCUCUUAAUUAAAUAUAGUAUUGAUGAAUAAAUGGAGUCUGACAGUGCUGUAUCUGUGCGUUCGAUUUCCUUGUCUGUGAUUGUUUACUAAAAUCCACAAGCAUUCAUGUUGGUGUUACUG